CCCCCGAUCCCGGACCUGAGAUGACGCAGUGCGGCCUACUGACCGGCUUCAACAAGCCAGUGCCCCUGCGCAGUGGCUCGGUGACGGUGCUGAUCCGAGGCUUUGUUGCGGACGUGGGCUGCGAGCUGCUCUACAGGAAUGAGGAGCCGGGGCCCGUGGAGGCCGUGUUCGUGUUCCCUGUGGAUGCCGAGGUGGCCGUCUACGCCUUCCAGGCCCGCCUGGGGGGCACCUGCAUCCAGGCCCAGCUCUGCGAGAAGAAACAGACAGCGCUGCAGCCACGUUCUCUAGCAAACGACUAA